AGAAAAGAUAACUCUAUCUUAAUAUUUGAUAAUUAUUUUGAAAUAUUGAAAACAAUGUCCACGUCUUUGGAUGAUAUAGUGAUCAGCGGAAUGUCGGGUCGAUUCCCACUGUCGGACAGUGUGGACGAGUUGGCCCGCAAUCUCUUCUCUGGCGUCGAUCUCAUCACCGAAAGCGACAGUCGUUGGCCUAAAAAUUUCUGUGACAUAUCCUCCCGAAUGGGACGCAUUGAGAGUUACGACAGAUUUGAUGCAAAUUUCUUUGGUAUCACAACAGAAGUGGCCGAAGAUCUGGAUCCACAGAUCCGUAUGCUAUUGGAGGUGGCAUAUGAAGCCAUUAUGGACUCCGAAAACAUAUCAUACUAUAUGAACCUCAAGGGCCCAUCCAUUGUGGUGGACACGGCCUGUUCAUCCAGUCUGAGUGCACUUAACCUCGCAAUCAAUGAUUUGUUAUUAGGGAAAACGGACCAGGCGAUUGUCGGGGGAACUCAUAUGCUAUUCAAUCCUAUAUUCUCGCAAUACAAGCAAUACAUAGGUAUGUGUUCCCCGAGAGGUGUGUCCGCCGUAUUGGACGAGUCAGCGGACGGGUACGUCAAGUCAGACGCCGUGUGCUGUCUAUUCCUACAGCGAGCUAAUGAUGCGCACAGAGUGUACGGGCGGGUGGUGUCGGCCCGCAUGGGAAUGGAUGGCUACAAAACUUGCGGUAAAUUCUUCCCCUCCAGUGAAGCCCAGGAGGCGCUUAUGAUAGAGGCGUAUAAAUGUGAAAAUAUUGAUCCCUUAAAACUGACAUAUUUUGAGGCACAUGCGACUGGCACCAAGGUCGGAGACACUGUAGAAAUGAAAGCCGUAUAUAAGGCUUAUUGUGAAGCACCGGCACGUAAGGACCCGUUGCCCAUUGGAUGCCUAAAGAGCUCAAUGGGUCACUCGGAGGGGGCGUCAGGAGUGGCGGCGAUCAUCAAAGUGUUGAUAUCAUAUGAAAACGAAUCCAUUCCUCCGAAUCUGAAUCUCAAAAAUCUGAAGCAAGAGUUAAAGCCAUACUUCCCACCACUUCUACCAAUCAAUAAAACACUCCCCUAUAAGCCGGGAUCGAUUAUAAUAAAGAAAAUAAAAGAAGAAAACAAUGAAAUUCAAUACAAUUAUAAGAAACAGAUUGGAGUUAUGACUGAGAAAAGUGUGCGACAACUAUGGCUACUGUUCCCCGGAUUGGGUGGACAAUGGACUGCAAUGGCGAAGGCUUUGAUGCCAAUCAAGAUAUUUGCGGAUAAAGUGGAGGAAUGCCACCAAAUAUUACAAGAGUUUGGCAUUGAUUUGAAAGACAUGUUGUUAUCUGAAGACAAGACUCUGAUGUCGACAAUGACUGCAAAGUUCUGUUCGACGACUGCUAUAGAGAUAGCAUUAUAUGAAGUGAUGAAAGCCAUAGACAUGACACCCGACGGCAUAAUCGGCCACUCGUUUGGUGAGAUCGCCUGCGCUUAUGCUGACGGAUGUCUGUCCACUCGCGAGGCUAUGGUUGUGACGUAUAUCAGAGGACGUGUCACUGAAAGCGAUACUAAACUACCAAAGAGUUUGAUGGCAGUCGUGGGUCUGUCGGAGUUGGAGACUCUAAAGCGAUGUCCAAAAGGGACGGACAUCGCCUAUAGCAAUGGAUUACCCCUUCAUUCACGAUAUAUGAUUACAUCCAAACAGCCUAUGAUUGACAACAUCGAGAAAUAUGUGGCAAAACCUAAGCUUAGGUCUAAGAAAUGGUUGUCUACUGCAGUCACACCUGAAGACAUAGACAAUGAAAGUUUGAGAUAUGCUUCGGGCGAGUAUUUCGCCCAUAACCUGGUCUCUCGGGUUAGGUUUUAUGAGACACUCAAACAAUUGCCAUCCAAUGCAGUGGUCCUCGAGUUAGGCCCACAUUCUCUGUUCAAACGGAUUGUCACCGAAACGCUUCCCAACUCCACUCAUAUAUCGCUUAUGAAAAAGGACUCAAACCAUUCAAAUCUGGAUCUUUUUAUGUCGGGUUUGGCCACCAUUUAUGAGUUGGGAUUCAAUCCGUCGAUCGACAAACUGUACGCACGGGUCGAGUGGCCGGUGGCUCGCAAUACACAGUCCAUCAGUUCACUCAUCAAAUGGGAUCAUAGCCUACAAUAUGAUCGCAAAAUAUACCCCAAAAUGUAUAACAGAGUGAACGCAUCCGAUAUGAAUGUAUGGAUCAGUCCUCACGUCAAAGAAGACGCCUUUUAUUACGACCACAGACUCGAUGGCGACGUCUUAUUCCCGGCCACAGGAUAUCUACUACUG